AUGCGAACUUCGACAGUUGCGGUUCAAACUGCGCCCGGUUACUUGGCACAGACACACGUCACACGUAAGCGAGCGGCGCGCGCGCACUGGCCGGACUCGCCCCGCGCCCCGGCCUGCCCCGCACACAACCUGCUCCGAGCUUUUUGCGUUAAAAGCUCCACAGAUAAAAGUAAAAUGAUUGCGCUCCCACGACGCAUACAUAACCGGCCGCAUACUGAGAUGCAAUUAAUAAGCAAAGCUUUGCAUUUAUCUCUUGAUACCCGGAGGCCGAAAAGAUUACAGCUCAAGCCCUAUUAA